AAGGGAACAGUGGAAUGAAGGUUCAUUUUUCAUUCUCACAAACUAAUGAAACCCUGCUUAUCUUAAACCAACCUGCUCACUGGAGCAGGGAGCACAGGACCAGCAUAAAAGGCAGGGCAGAGUCGACUGUUGCUUACACUUUCUUCUGACAUAACGGUGUUCACUAGCAACCUCAAACAGACACCAUGGUGCAUCUGACUCCUGAGGAGAAGACUGCUGUCAAUGCCCUGUGGGGCAAAGUGAAUGUGGAUGCAGUUGGUGGUGAGGCCCUGGGCAGAUUACUGGUGGUCUACCCUUGGACCCAGAGGUUCUUUGAGUCCUUUGGGGAUCUGUCCUCUCCUGAUGCUGUUAUGGGCAACCCUAAGGUGAAGGCUCAUGGCAAGAAGGUGCUAGGUGCUUUUAGUGAUGGCCUGGCUCACCUGGACAACCUCAAGGGCACUUUUUCUCAGCUGAGUGAGCUGCACUGUGACAAGCUGCACGUGGAUCCUGAGAACUUCAGGCUCUUGGGCAAUGUGCUGGUGUGUGUGCUGGCCCGCAACUUUGGCAAGGAAUUCACCCCACAAGUGCAGGCUGCCUAUCAGAAGGUGGUGGCUGGUGUGGCUAAUGCCCUGGCUCACAAGUACCAUUGAGAUCCUGGACUGUUUCCUGAUAACCAUAAGAAGACCCUAUUUCCCUAGAUUCUAUUUUCUGAACUUGGGAACACAAUGCCUACUUCAAGGGUAUGGCUUCUGCCUAAUAAAGAAUGUUCAGCUCAA